CAGACCGAGAGAAGGGUGCUGGAGACCAGCCUGGGUUUUUUUCUGCAGCGUUCUGAGCAGGAUGGCCGAGAGCUCUAAAAUCCAGCUGUUUGUCAAGGCAAGUGAUGAUGGAGAGACUAUUGGGCACUGUCCUUUCUGCCAGCGUCUCUUUAUGAUCUUGCUCCUUAAAGGGGUACCCUUUACUCUGACCACGGUGGAUACCAAAAGGUCCUUGGAUGUGCUGAAGGACUUUGCCCCAGGAGCUCAGCUCCCUGUGCUGCUGUACGACGGUGAAUCCAAAACAGACACUAACAAGAUUGAAGAGUUUCUGGAGGAGACUCUGGGACCCCCCGAUUUCCCAAGCUUGGUGCCCAAGUAUAAAGAGUCUACUGUUGCUGGAAAUGAUAUUUUCCACAGAUUCUCUGCUUAUAUCAAGAAUCCAGCACCUGCCCAGGAUGAAGCCCUACAGAAGAACCUUCUCAAAGCCUUCCUUAAGUUGGACAUGUACCUAAACACACCCCUGGAGUAUGAACUGGUGCGGGAUCCUCAACUUACUGUCUCUCAGAGGCGGUUCCUGGAUGGUGACCAGAUGACCCUUGCCGACUGCAGCCUUUUACCCAAGCUCAACAUUGUUAAAAUUGUGUGCCAACAUUAUCGGCACUUUGGUAUCCCGAAGGAGCUGCUUGGCCUGUGGCGGUAUCUGGACAGCGCUGCCGAGGUGAAGGAGUUUAAGUACACUUGUCCCAACAGCGAGGAGAUUGUGCAAGCUUACCGUGCUGUGGUCAGGCCGUUCCAGUAAACCUGAAGAAUGACACCAGCAUAGGCCUGACAAGAGGGCCAGCAUCCGCCCCCUCAUCCCUCCCCACAGACUAGCUUUACUCCUCUUCCUCCACACCAGAACUGUCAAGUGGGCUUCUGUAGACUGAGACCGAAAGGGGUCCUGGCCAAUUGCUACCUCGCACAGGUGACCUUUGAGUAAAAAGAUGCUGUUUUUCUUCUUGCCCUUCAACUGAGACAGCCACGGAGACAGCUGGUGGAUAUGCUGGCCUUGGGGAGAAAGGGCAACCUUGGAGCUGAAUACCAUUGGCUGCUGGCCUCAUGACAUCCAGAUGACAGCCAAGUCUUGCUAAUGGGGGCUUAGUCAGCAAGAACCAGCAGAGCUGUUCAGAUCCUCUUAACCCAGUACUCUGUCCUCUUGUACAUUCCACUCUGAUGGUGGUGGAGGGUGGUCUCCAGUCAUAGCUGAUUUAUGGUGACCCCUGCUGGAGUUUUCAAGGCAAGAGACAUUUUCUUCCCCUGCAUAGCAACCUUCAUCUUCCUUGGAGGUCUUCUAUCCCAUCGUCUUCAUCUUCCUUGGCGGUCUCCCAUCCAAUUACUAACCAGGGCCGACCCUGUGUAGUUUCUGAGAUCUCAUGAGAUUGGGCUUGCCUGGGCUAUCCAGGUUAAGGUUUGAUUCUACUGUGCCUCUUAGUAAUAUUGCGGUCUGUUCACUCGGCAGUUCCCCCUCCAUUCCAUCUUCCUGAAGGUUUGCUUAAAAGUCCAAGCAUAACCUUAGUUCAGAAGCAAUUUCAGAUUUCUCUGAUUUGGCCAGUGGUUGCUGGCCAGGUUAAACAUGGGGGUAGGGUGGCUCAUAUUUAAAAUGUCACAGUAUUUUCAAUUUCGUCUUUUGCUGUUUUUAUAAUGGAGGCAGGGCGAGGGAAGCACAACUAACUUGACUGUAGUUUCUACCUGAUGUUAACCCUCCAGACAGCAUUUUCCCAAAGGAAGCUAAACUGGGGCCAACAGCGGGGUUCCUUCAACACCAUAACCCAAUAAACUCUUCUAAGCUUG